ACGGGCCAGAAAGGGAGUGGUCCCGCCUUUUCCCCUUCGCCUUGUUUCAUUUCCCUUCUCUUCCCUCCCCCGCCCCUUUUGAAGGUCCGUCUCACGCGUUGCUGUGGGCCCCGCUACGUCGGGAUGAGCCGCGCUGCUUCCCUAUGGAGACCAAGCGGGCCGACAUUCCCAGCAGCGUCCUGGACGACCUGUGCAGUCGAUUUAUUUUGCACAUUCCCAGCGAGGAACGAGAUAAUGCCAUCCGAGUGUGUUUUCAGAUUGAGCUUGCCCAUUGGUUUUACUUGGAUUUCUACAUGCAGAACACACCAGGAUUACCUCAGUGUGGGAUAAGAGAUUUUGCUAAAGCUGUUUUCAGCCAUUGCCCUUUUUUACUGCCUCAAGGUGAAGAUGUGCAGAAGGUUUUAGAUGAAUGGAAAGAGUACAAAAUGGGAGUGCCAACCUAUGGUGCCAUUAUUCUUGAUGAGACCCUUGAAAAUGUAUUGCUGGUCCAGGGUUAUUUAGCAAAGUCUGGCUGGGGAUUUCCAAAAGGGAAAGUGAAUAAAGAGGAGGCUCCACACGACUGUGCUGCUAGAGAGGUUUUUGAAGAAACUGGUUUUGAUAUUAAAGAUUACAUCAAUAAAGAUGACUAUAUUGAAUUACGUAUAAAUGAUCAGCUGGCACGCUUGUACAUCAUUCCAGGAAUUCCAAAGGACACAAAAUUUAAUCCCAAAACAAGGAGAGAGAUUCGGAACAUUGAAUGGUUCUCAAUUGACAAAUUGCCUUGCCAUAGAAAUGACAUGACCCCGAAGUCCAAGCUGGGUUUGGCACCUAACAAGUUUUUUAUGGCCAUUCCCUUCAUCAGACCAUUGAGAGACUGGCUUUCUCGACGGUAUGGAGAUUCCUCUGAUAGCGACAAUGGAUUUUCAUCUACUAGUAGCACGCCACCUAAACCCAACAUAGAAAAAAUGAGAUCCAAACUCCAUUAUAGCCAGCAGGUGUCUAUAGAUGGUCCUUCAGGAGACCAGUGGACAAAGCAUAGGCAGUUACUGCAACAGAAGCCAUAUAACAAUCAUUUUGAGAUGUCUGAAACAUCAAAACUAAAGAACCCACGUAGCAAUGGUAGAAAGCAAUAUCAAGACACUCCCAAUCAAAAGAAGAGAACUAAUGGAGUCCAAAGUCAGCCAGCUAAACAGAACCAAACUUUGAAAUGUGAGAAGAAAUUACACCCAAGAAGACUUCAAGAUAAUUUUGAAACAGAAGCAGCCUAUGACAUGUGCUGUGGCAGUGAAGACCAGCUCCUAGAACAUGGACAAUCAAUGUCAUGCAAUGGCCAUUGCAAAUUCACUUUCUCCUCGAGAGCUUUUCUGAGUUUCAAGUUUGACCAUGAUGCUGUAAUGAAAAGUUUUGACCUUUGAUGCUUGUUCAUUUACACAAGUCUGCCAGAGACGUGGCCUAGAGCAGCUUUCUUAAAUCCAGCCUCUACCCUUUCUCAGGUUUUAAAGCAAUGCAGGGACCUAGCAAUUGGCUGGAAGGCUUUGUUCUCAUUGCAAUAUGGAAGUGACACCACAGUGUUGCACUUUAAAUGCAGUAUAACUUUUACCUGCAAACGAAAAAAAAUGCUUUCCCAUGUUUCAUUUGCUAGUUCCUAACUAUGCAUUAGAGGGCAUUUUUCAUUUGUUUUUCUGUGUGUUUAGAUUUCAGAGAAGUAUUUUAGCCUUAGUGAUGAACUUAACCUCUUCUGUGUUUAGAUUUGCUCUGAUGUACAAUAAUACUUUUGCUUGAGAUAGGUUGCAACACGGUGGCAACCCACAUGAAACUUCUGAGGACACGAGUGUUUUGUAUUCUGGAUAUUGUUAGACCUUUUAUGACUUUGUAUGCAAAAAGACGUGUUUUUGCUAGUUCAGAAUCCUUCUGCCUUGGAUCUUCUGACUUUUGAAACCAAUUUCUUCUUUUGACCUCUCUUUUUGCACUGUACUGGAUUAAAAAAAAAGACAUGUUUUAAAAUUGUAUUAAUGACAUGAAAAGCUGAACUCUACUCAAUGAUUGACUUACCAUCCCCAGCAGGAUACAGUGGUGAUAUUCAGCCAUGGUGAACUUGUUUUGUGUGUGUUGAUUUUGUUGUUUCUCUCCUUUUGGAAGAAUUGCAACUACUUUGAAUAUGCAGCAUGAAAAAUGUGCAUUUGGGAAGAUAAUUUUAGUGUACAGAACAAAAACUAACCUUUUAAGGUACUGUACAGGGAGAACUCAGAGCAUGUUCAAAUGGCAUGUGACACAGAUACGAUUUUUGUAAUUGUAUUGUUUUGUAAUACCCUUUAUUUUGACUAUCUGAUUUAACAUUGAGUUUGGAGUCAAAGCAGUAGCUGCAAAUGCACACAGCUACAACAGUUUAAUGUGAAAACAAUUACAUCAAGGAAUGUAAGAGGAAUUUUCAACUCUACACAUCUUAAAUAUAAUAGACUAAGCCAUCUUAAAAAAAAUGUAAGUGGUUUACAGAAUAACCCCGUCCAACUGUGCAGAAGGCAUGACACUUAUAGAGCUGCUGCUGAAUUUCAUGGUCUCUCUCCAUGCCUUGCCUGUACCUUGGCACUGUGAACUGACAGUCUGUAAUAAGUAUUUCAGAUCUCUACAAUCUGAACCAGGUGGGCUUUAAGUUUGAGUUGGGGAACAGAGUAAACCUUUUCUGUGUUUCCAUAGUGACAUGAAGCACAUCCUAUUCUUCUGCAAAACCUGUACAAUCUCCCUUGCUCAAGGACAGUUCUGGAAACUUUACAUAUAACUACUAUGUUGCAAGUCUCCUUUGUAGCUGGGGAAGAGGCUCAAAUUAAUUUCUAACUAAAUCCAGUUUUAUUUACUGGCCCUUUUAAAAAAUUGUUGCGUGACAGACUUGCCUUGUAGUUACAUGCCUGCUAGCCCCAUCCAGAAUCUAUUCAAAUCAGUGAAUUCAUUGAAUCAGUUGAUUUGUUAAGAUAGUUGAAGGGCUGGUGAUGGAGCCACAACUUUUCCUGUUCAUCUCUAUUUAGCAGGGAGAUCUUUGGUCAGUAUUUAGUGCAGAUUGACUUUUUAACAAUAAAAGUGCCUAACUUGCCAACUUCUCAUUCAUUGCAAAUUGCAUUUUCGGACUGCUUGUGCCAAUCUUCUGAUGUGUAGCUUGAUUUCCAAGGAAUGUUACUGUUUAUGCUGCUUCCUUUUUGGUGCACCAUUGAUAAAUAAGAGGAACUCUGGCACAGUUACGUGAAUUUCAAAUAUAAAAUGGAUUCUCUUCUGACAAACUCUUAAGUAGCUGUACUAGCAGUUUGACAAAAUCUCUGAAGUGAAAUAACUUUGUAUUAAAGAGUGUGCAAGUUGUGCCCUAACUUCUGGAUAUAUUAACUCCCAUCUUGCAAUUCUUCAGCAAAGACAGUGUCGGGCUUCUUCAUGGAGAGCUACUCAGAAGCUAUAGAAGACUAGCAGGUUUGAUAAAUCUAGCCUUAAAAUGGGUUGCAAAGAAACAUGGUAAAUAUGCAAUAAUUUUCACUUUUACAAGAUACCAUGUUUCAUAAAGUUGUGUUCCUUAAUUUUAUUGUUAUCAUGGCUUAGAUUAUGGAGAUGACUGCUUUCUAGACUAGGUUCCUGGGUAUCCUGCACUGUGAACAUUUCAGAUUGUUCACUUUGUAUGGUAUGGAUGUCUUGUUUUGCUUGCAAAGUGUUUAAAUGAAUCAUUUUAUGCAUGUGUAUUCCAAAGUCCAGGCAUAUAUGGUUUACAUAAUUUCUGUAAAGCAAUGAAGAACAGGCAAUUUGGUAUCUGUAAUGAAUUUUUGUUUCUCUGUGGGCAUUUUAAAAGAUGGGAAUAAAUGAUAUGUGAAUGGAUUUGAGAUUAUCUUGAGAGAUCUCACUGCUUGAAUAGUGGCUGCUGGUCUCAUAAGUUUUAGAAAGAGACAUUGCAAGCCUUUCUGUCUGCAGCACCUAACUGAAUUGUGUUCCUUGUUUGACCCUUUUGAGGUCAAAUUAUUUCUGCUACAAAAGCAAAAAAUGCUCAGCAGGCAAAAGCCUUUAAACAGGAUUCUUAGGACUGCAAUACUGACUUUCUAGGACAGUGGCUUUGUAUAUAUGUGUGUGUGUGCCUCUGAGUUGUUUAGAUCUUUUUUAUAACUAUGGCUACACUGUUAGGAUUUUUUAUGUGGCUUAUGAAGUCUGUUGUUUCCAUUAGACUUGCAUGCAAUUGAAAGCUUUUGUAUUCAAUUCCUUUUCAGAAAGCAGAAUUGAGGUGAAAUCAACAUUUAGCUGUGCUUCACUUUUGGAGGGAUUAAGGUAGCCUUUAGGCUCAAACAUUUGCCUGCUGGUGUUAGCACUUUGCUUUUCAGAAUUGUAAUACUGAAUACUGCUAUACAGCUGUUGCAAAAGUCCCUUUGAUUUCUGUUGAAUUUGGGACCUGUUCACAUGGCUGUAAACAUUGGCUGGCUGCAGAAAAAGCACAUGAAAGUUCUGCAUGGUAGCCCUUUGCCCAUAUCAAGCUAUGUAUAUGUAACUGCUACUGCAUACUAGUGCUAGACAGAUUCCUGACAAAGUCCUUAGAGCAGUUUCUGACAAGCCCUUUGAUGUAGAAGUGACAGGUGGUACAAGUGCCUCCUUCCUGUUCCAUCAUUUCUGUCUCAUCGGACAUAGGAUAUUUGCAUUGCCUCUGCCUGGAAGCAGUGUUAAGUCAGAGAUCACUCUCGGUUACGAGUCCGGGAGCUUUUCUAGCUGACUAGGCAGAGUUUAUGCAUGUUCCUGUGCAGCCCAAGCAUGCUGAGCACAGCUGUUCUUGUAAUUUAAGUGUGGAAUUCAAUGUUCUGCUCACAUUUCUUUACACUAGAGUAUUUAUAUGUGACAAUUUACUGUGCACUGUGAAGGCAUCCUUACAGAAAAACUGCCUAUUACUGAAAUUUUGGUAUGCUCUUUAAACAUUUGUAGCUGAAAGUUGAACAGGCUUAAAACUAUGUAUCUGCUGUAAGCACUGAUUGAUGCAAUAUGUCUUGUAUGCUUAUCUUCAGCAUGCAUUUCACUGUUACUUUGAUUAAGAUAACCUACUUAGGAAGAACAAUAAAAAAAUACAUGAAGGUUCUUAAUUUGACGUCUUCAGGAUCAUAACAUUCUGACUAGUUUUGAACUCCUCAGCCAGUUUUUAAAAUCUGUAUAUUUAAUAUUUUUUUACAAGAAUCCAAAGAGCCACACAGCUUGUUCUGUGCACUUAAGCAGGCUUUGGACUUUUUUAUGCAGUAGCACUCCAUGCUACAUAGCAAAUAACUGUUUUUCAAAUGGGGAAAGUGAACAAUUUUUUUGCAGGGGUCAUACCAGCCCUUGGGCAUGCUGAAAGCAACUCUUUAGGUUCUUGCUGCUGUGGUGUGAAUAACAAAACUAAAUGAACUACUUGGUGUUAAAUAUUAGAACUGUACUUGGAAACUAUGUAUAGUUACUGUUAUGAAAUGAGUCUUCCUAGAGCUUCGCUGCUAUUAAAAUGAUUACACAAGGUAAAAACCCACCCAUGUUCAGUUUAAUAAUUGUGCAUAUAGGCAUUUACAAAAAAAGAUGUUUUCUCAGCUAUGAAGUUUAUUAAAUGGACCAAUGUUAUAAAAGUGACAUUGAAAUUGUGUGGUUGAUGAAUUAUUCUUUACAUUUGAACUAUUUAAUGGAACUUAACAUUGUAAAUGGUCUCUAACUGAAAUAAACUUUAGCAGGCUGCAAAUGUAUGUUUAAACGGGAUUGUUCACUGCUAAGUUGUGUGAAAAAUGGCAUGGCUGCAGAAGGGUGUGCAUUUGGUAAUGAUCUCAUUUGACAACUUGUAUUAUUCACAAUGCUUUAAUAUACAGGGGUUAAGCAGCCUAGCUUUAAACCUAGAGAAAUCCUGGGUAAACUUUGAGAAGAUGUGUAAGAUUGAUAAUAGCAUAGUCAUUCUUUAGAUUUGAAGUUAAUUUCCUCUGCUUAAAUUUGUGAGAGCAAGAAAGUUUGGUCUAAAUGGGGUGGGGUGGGGAGCAAUGGACUAGGUAUUCGGUGUGUAUUUCUUGCUUUAUUUGUUAAAGGAGAAAGUAGGUACAACUUUUUCAUUUGUUGGGUAAGUUUAAACUGAGGUUGAUCUGUUAGGUGCUAAGAAAGCUAAUGUGUUCAUUUUUGUAUGUUCAUUGAGCAGUUUGUUUUUGCUUUUAAAUACUGCUUUUAUAUUAUAAAAUGCUUACUAAUAAGAUAUUAAGUUUUAGACUUCUGGAUAACUGUAAUACCUUGAAAUGUGAAUACUGUUUUGAACUGCAAAAUACAGCUGGGCCAUGGCUAACACACUGACAUGUUGCAACUAGCAUUGACCUAGGUGGAAGCAGUAUCAAUGUGAAUUGUGAAGAGAGAGAAGCAUUGGUUAAAAAUUGUGGCGUUGCACUUGGAGCCCCCCAAAAGAGAACAGAACAUAAAAGAAUUCUGUCAUGUGAGCUUUGUACUGAGUAUGUGUACAGUUCAUCUAUUUGUUAUUAAAACAGUUAAUUUUUA